CAAAUACAACUCUGGCGCAGACGCACCAUCAUUUGUUUUUACAACAGUGUUUAUCCCGGCGUACAAUUUGUAAACAACGAGGGUUCAGCUUCCAUUAGUCUGCUAGUUGAUUAUUAAUCAGAAAAAAGUCAAAUUUCUUGUGUUUUAAAAGAAAAAUUGGUUGCAACAGGAUGGCGCAAAUGGUAGGAAUUUACACCCAUACGCACAGUGAAAAUUUAGAUGAUUAUUUCAAAGCUGUAGGUGUUCCAUACAUACCGAGAAAGAUGAUGUGCUCUUCUAAUCCUACCAUUGAAAUUUCGAAAAACGAAGAUGGACAAUGGACUAUAACAACUAAAACUCUGUUUAGGAAUGUUUCUUACACCUUUAAAUUGGGAGAAGAAUAUGAAGAAACUAUGCCAGGUGCAACAAUCAAAAGUACUACUAUAAUUAAAGAUGACAAAUUAGUAACUGAAUGUAUAAGCCCAGAUAACACAACUAUAACAAGAAUUUACGAAUUUACUGAUACUGGACUUACUCUGACCUACAAACAUGAGAAAUCUGGAAAAGAAGCAGUCCGACAUUUUAAAAGAGAAUAAUCAGCUUUUGUCUGAGGUGAUGUAUGUACUUAAUAAACUACUAUGUAUUUACAAAAACGAAUGUCCAAAUUCUAAAUAAUUCUGUAACUAUGGGAUGUAUUAACUCAUAUUUUCUAUCUAAUUUUUAAAGUUUACCUUAAUAACUCUUGUAAUACUAAUUUAUAAUUAUAAUAAUCUCGUUAAAAAUGUGAAAUAUGAAAUAUAUACAGAAGAAUCCUUUAUUGAUAUAACAAGGUGUAUAUUAUUUUUAUGCAAUUUAUAUUUAUUAAGAAAAUAAAACAUGUUUAAAGUUUUCAAAAUGUAUUAUUUCUAAACGAAUAAGAUGCUAAAGAAUUAGUAGAAAACAUAGAACACAACAAUAUCACAGAGUAACGGAGUCUAUGAAAUAUGUAGAGGGUGUAAAGUUAUUCUUUAAAACUUGUUUAAUUAUAUAGGGUGACACAAAAUCACAAUCGCCUUUUUUUUCAAAAACGGUUAACGAUAAAAACUUGAAAUUUGAUGUGGGAAUGUUACAAAUAACAUUACAAUUUUACUAAGUAAAAAUUAUUAAUGAGUUAAAUGAUUGUUUCGGUGUUAUAUCAAGGGUGUUGUUAAAACAAUAAACAGUUUUAACCAAAAAAAACAAUGGUUUUGGUUCACCCUAUAUAUGCAAAUAACUUUUUGGGGAAACACCAAAUUGAAAGAUUAUAUAUGACCGAGAAAAAAAAACAGCGUCCAGUUGGCUUGGAAAUGAACAUCGAUAACAUUCCCCAUAUAAUUUAACAAUAAAAUGACAGCGAUCUAUAUUUCAUAGCCAUCCCUGACGCCGUUUUUUUUCGAUCAUAUUGUAGAUGAAAAGCCCGUUAGUUAUCACCUUUACAAUCUCCUCUGGAAGUUUUUUUCGAACUUAUUCUUAUAUGUAUUUCUAACAUAUCUAAAUUUUUGGAUUUUAAAUCUUGUUCAUUAUGAAAUAAAACACGUUUAAAACUUGCAGAAUUUUUAUUAUUCUUUCGCCAACAAAGAUCUUAAAAAAAUAGGUUCUAUUCAGUUAAUAUAGAAGUAGCGAUAAAACAAUUAAAAACAGAAUAAAAAUGACGAGACAAAAAUAAUGAAUAUAAAACUAAAAUGGUGCUAUGAAAUAUCAAAUAAUUCAUAAGAGGCGUCACAAUUUUUUUUGGUAUUUUAUUUUGUUGCACUUAAUAAUUUAAAGAAAGGAAAACAUCAUGUGUCUAAUUUCCCGAUAAA